AUGGCCACCACCUACGCGCUCCUCCUCCUGCUCACGACCACCCUCCCCCUCAUAGCUCUCGCCACCACCUUCCCUCACCGCACCCUCCUCCAGACCUGCCAGUCGAGCGGCAGCAUCUCGGGCGAGUCCGGCAGCUGCAGCACGGAGAACGACUCCGAGUGCUGCGAGGACGGGCGGCGCUACAGGACCUUCGCCUGCUCCCCGCGCGUCACCGGGACCACCCGCGCAAGCCUCACGCUCAACAGCUUCGCCGACGGCGGGGACGGCGGCGGGGCGUCCAGCUGCGACGAGAAGUUCCACCCGGACUCCCAGAUGGUCGUCGCGCUCUCCACCGGCUGGUUCUCCCGCGGACGCCGCUGCGGGAAACGCGUCGUGAUCCGGGCAGCCAACGGGAGGACCGCGACGGCCACCGUGGUGGACGAGUGCGACUCCAUGCACGGGUGCGACGACGAGCACAACUUCGAGCCCCCCUGCGCCAACAACAUCGUCGACGGGUCCCCGGCCGUGUGGAAGGCGCUCGGCCUCGACACUGACGACGGGGUGGUACCCGUUACCUGGUCCGACGCGUGA